AUUAAAUCAUACUUACAGGCACCUUCAAUAUGACUAAUCCUCAUGGAAAGCGACGUGGAACCAGGGACAUGUUUGCCCGUGACUUCAGGAAACGUGGUCUGAUCCCUCUGUCAACCUACAUGAAAGUGUACAAGAAUGGAGACAUUGUUGACAUCAAAGGUUGUGGUACUGUCACAAAAGGUAUGCCAUACAAAGUGUACCAUGGAAAGACCGGCAGAGUUUACAACGUCACUAAGAGGGCUGUUGGUGUUAUUGUGAACAAGCGAGUGAAGGGACGAAUCAUGGCCAAGAAAAUCAACCUCCGAGUAGAACAUAUCCGUCAUUCCAAGUGCAGAGAUGAUUUCCUCAACAGAGUAGUAAGGAACGAGCUUGUAAAGAAGGAAGCUAAAGCUUCAGGAAUCUUCGUAUCCACCCGACGAGCCCCAGUUGUCCCCAGAUCAGCACAUACAGUGAAAGGAAAGGGAAUCUCAGUCGAAGAAGUGUGCCCAAUUCGAUAUGAAUUCAUCGCCUAAAUUUUUUGAUUUUUUUUAACUUAUGGAAA